AUGCGUAUACUCUUGUUCACUAUUAUCGCCCUUCCACUAUGCCUCGCUAUCUCUCCGCUUCCAACACCCACGAUCGCCUCAGCCUCUCCCGCAAAUCUCCAAUCCUCCAUCUACGCCUCCCCGACCGCCGCACCCCUAGUCGAACGAUGCGAUGAAGAACACUGUUCAUUCGGAGGAUCCGAAUCAACCCUACAAGCCAGUGUAGUCACUUCCACUAUCUUGUCUACAACAUCCGUUCCAUGUUAUAUUACCACAUACAUUACUAAUUCAGAGACUGUUACUGAAACCAUCUAUUCUACUGAGAUCAUCACUUCUACCAUGACCAAGGACGGUACAGUAUUCAUCAUACAGUAUUCCCCUACACCGGUUUUGAUGAGCACACCGAUCACUAGUGUCAUGGAGAUCACGAAUACCUGGUGGUCAUAUUGGUUAACGUCUUCUGGAGAUAGUUAUCAGGUAACUUCGAAAGGUGGUGAAACCAUCUAUGGAGGAGAUUCAAAUACAUAUACACAGCAAGGUGACGGAUGGAGUGGUAACGACAACAACGAUGGCUGGAGUAGUGAUGAGGUCGGUGGAUGGUCAAGCAAAAGUAAUGAAAAUGGUUGGGGUAAUACAGACACCGGAUCAGCAUGGACACAUGUCAACAACAAUAAUGCUGUUUCUGCUACGUCUAUCCCAGCUGGUGGCGUUACCGUGGCAAAUAACAAUGGAUGGGGUACCACUGGAUCGAAUGGUGUUAUGGGCACUGGUACAAAUUAUGAUGGAUUGGCAAAUUGGAAUGGAGGAUCAAGUAGGAUCUCGAGAGCGAAAGGGUGGGGAACGAAAGUCACUUUGACUAUAGCUGUGGCUAUGGUAGUAGUCUGGGAGAUCAAUCAUUUCUUCCUAUAA